GGGCGCUGCACGCAGGGUUUCGGGGACGGGGGGGGGCUGUCCCCGGGGCAGGCGGCGCCGGUGGGGCGCGGGCCAGUCCCGUAACCCCCCCCCGCUGCCCCCGGCCCGCCCCGGGCAGCGCUUGCAGCACCGGGCAGGGCGGCGAGGGGGGGGGGGCGGGGGGGAGCGGCCAGAUCCUGACCCGGUUCCACCUUAAGGGCCCGGCCGGGAUGCGGGACACCAGCUGCCCCCCGGCUCCUCGCCCCGUGUCCCGCCCCGUCCCCCCCCCCCCCGCCCGGUUUCUUUUUCCGUCCUUGGGCUGUUUUUGCGGCCCCCCCCGGUGCGAGAGGGCGGCUUCGCCCGGGGAUAAAUCAUCCCCGCUCCUCCUUGCCAGUGUAUCCCGGUGAAGGCUUCCUCCAGGGAAACAGGGAGACUCCUCCCAGCUGGAGACAAUAAUGCUAAAAAAGACAAGAAAAGGAAAAAACAACAGUAAGAAAAAAAAAAAAAAAAAGAAACCAAAACGAACAAACCCAAAUAACCCCUCCUUUGCGCUCCUCUGGAUACGGAAAGUUCCUGCCCGUUGGAAUUGCCCUCGACAUCCCCAACCCUUAUCGUCCUGGGGGUGCUGGUGGCCAGGGUGCUCCUCACUCUGCAGGUGCAGGGGGCAGAACCUCUGUCUGCCUGGGGGCUUUGGGGGGGGUCCCAAGGGUGCUGCCAUGCCCUUCGGCCAGCUGAAGUUCAAGGAGCUGGGCGAGGAGGAGCCCACCUGGGAGCAGGAGAGCCUGGACGGCGUGAAGGCGCUGGCGGCCAAGUUGAAGUUGCAGACACGGAGACCCUCCUACCUGGAGUGGGAAGCCCGGGUGAGGGGGCAGCCCUGGUGCAGUCGGACCCCCGGGGGGACAUGGGGGGCACGGCAGGGCCCUGGGCACCCUGAGGAUGAGCAGGAUGGCAGCGUCUGUGGCUUCGCCACCAUGGAGGCGGCGCUGGAGUGGCUCAGGAUGGAGCUGCAGGAGAUGCAGGCUGUGGACCAGCGCCUGGCACAGCAGCUGAUGCGCCUGCGGGCGCAGCUGCACCGGCUGAAGGUGGAGCAGGCCUGCCACCAACACAAGGAGAUGCUGGAUGAUGCCACCUUCGGCCUCGAGGGCUGUGAGGAAGACUCGGAUCUGCUCUGCAACAUCCCCCCCAAGGCUGCCUUCCUGCUCUCCACGCCGCUCAAGCACAUCGGCGUCACCCGCAUGAACAUCAACUCCCGACGGUUCUCCCUCUGCUGAGCGUGGCAGGACCCUGCAAAGUGCUCAGUACCAAGCCUGGAUGGGAGCCUUGCAGGCACCCAUGGGUGCAUCCAGACCUGGUUGGGCUCAGGGAUCCCUCCACAAAUGCCUUGGGGACUGUAGAGCUGCUGCCAGGGCUGCCCCCCCUUAGGGCAGGCGGUGCUGAGCCUGUGCUGCCAGCCCUGCCCCAGGGGCAAUGCCAAUGCCACCAGUCCCAUCAAGCACAGGGUGUUUUGGGGCACCCAGUGCUCUGUCCCUAAUGAUGGUGGGGUCAACCACAGUGGAAAAAUGUGGGGUGCAGCCCAUUGAGAAGGAAUAAAAGGAGGUGAAGGCGA